AUGUCCAGGGCAACGUCGUAUUGGUGUUACAGAUGCACACGCAUCAUCAGAGUGGCGGUUGUGGUUGCGGACUCCGUUGUUUGUCCUUACUGCGAGGGAGAAUUCAUUGAAGCGGUGGAUUCCCACGCGCCUUCACCGCCGGAAUCUCGACGGCGUUUUCCUCAAGCCGCGAUGUACAUGCUUGGAAGUAAUGAUCGGUCAGAUCUGAGGUUCCGGCGUGAAGGCCGUCGAAACACUGGAGACAGGUCGCCGUUUAAUCCGGUUAUUGUUCUUCGCGGUGCCGAAGGAGGUGGGAUUGAGAAUUCAGAGAGUGGAGAUAGAGGUUUUGAGCUGUAUUAUGAUGAUGGAGCAGGUUCUGGUUUACAACCUUUGCCGCCGACGAUGUCGGAGUUUCUGAUGGGGUCAGGGUUUGACCGGUUGCUCGAUCAAUUAUCACAGAUCGAGAUAAAUGGAUUAGGUAGGGCAGAACAUCCACCGGCGUCGAAAGCGGCUGUUGAAUCGAUGCCCACGAUUGAGAUCUCGGAUUCACAAGUUACCAGCGAAUUGCACUGUGCUGUCUGCAAAGAAGCGUUCGUUCUCGGAGCUGAAGCUCGUGAGAUGCCAUGUAGCCACAUCUACCAUUCCGAUUGCAUUCUCCCAUGGCUAAAUCUCCGAAACUCCUGUCCGGUUUGCCGCCACGAACUCCCAACAGAUUCAACAAAUUCACCCAAUCUAGAAGGCUCGGACCAAACCGAAGAAGAAUCAGCAACAGUUGGAUUAACGAUAUGGAGAUUACCUGGCGGUGGAUUCGCCGUUGGAAGGUUCUCCGGCGGUAGAAGAACCGGCGGUGGCGAGAGAGAGCUUCCAGUUGUCUACACGGAAAUGGACGGCGGGUUCAAUAACAGUUCAGGUACGCCGAGGAGGAUCAUGUGGGAAUCGAGAAGGAACAGGACUAGAGGAGAAGGUGGAUUCGGCAGAGUUUUUCGCAACAUUUUCUCUUUCUUCGGGAGAUCAAGACCCUCUUCAAAUUCAAAUGAUUCAUCCAUGAACAGAAGUCGGAGUUUAUCCAGUUCAGUUUUCGGUAGAAUGAGAAGUAGGCGAAAUAGAACUUGGAUUUUGGAUGAACAAAAUGGGUUGUCAAGAUGGUAG